AUGCUCGCCUUGAAUGUCAGAAUUAUUGUGAUUGGACAAAUGGGAAAUCAAAAUGGAAGUCACGGGACAGUACAAAGAUCAGAGUCAGCCAAUGAGGUGGAAGUGACAGUACACAGGUCAAAGUCAACCAAUGAGGUGAGAGUAGCGGGCCUGUUUAGCAUAUACAGUGACCCUGAGUGCCUCGAUAUCGAUAUAGCAUCGGUACAGGCACUGGAAUCUGUCUUCUGGAUAUUCGAACAUCUCAACACGCAUCAGUACAUACCUGGUGUGAAACUAGUUUUACAGCCGUAUAAAACUUGUUGUUCCCCACAAAUGUCAAGUCUCCAAACUGCACGUAUUGUGAGUGAGAUAGAUGACAAAGUGCUGAUGGGUGUCAUUGGUCCUGUUACAAGUGCAGAGACGAACAUAAGUUCAGAGUUCUUGAGUUCAUUACCCGCUCGGUACAGACUUCCACAGGUUGUGUACCAGCCGACCUCCUCGCUCUUCACCAACAAGGAUACAUACAGUAACCUUUUAAGGGUUGUUCCUUCUGACAACACACAGGUCAAGACCAUAAUAGCUCUUCUAAAGAGACUAGACUGGAACUACAUAUCUGUGAUCAGGGAGGACGAUAUGUAUGCUAUGAAUGCCACGGAUCACUUAAAGACAUUAGCAAAGUCGGAACAUAUCUCGAGAGAUAUCAGCGAAUUCGCACUUCAUUGGGAGAAGAUCGCCUCUAAUGAGACUUUCUUGAUGGAACGAGCGAUAACAAAUCCCUGGCUGAAUAAGGAGGCUGUUUUGGGAACGGAUCAGUCUAUCUACGUACAAUAUUCCAUUAAGACCGCAUAUGUUAUGGCUAUGGCGUUACGCUCACUACACACCAGUAUGUGUGGAGAAUCAUUCAAUGGAGCAUGUUCAGAUUUCGUUAAUUCUGAUCGUAAUUCUUUGAUUGAUAUCAUGUCUAACUUGACGGUAAAUUUUACCGAUUUUCCUUUCACAAUUUCUUCAUUUGUCAAAGAUGACCUGACGAUCAAAUUUGAUAGAUUUGGAGAAAUUCAACUAGUUUCUGCACAUGUACCGAUGUAUGAAGUGUAUAGAUAUAAGGAAUGUGAUGGAACGACAACGGAAGCAUUAUGUAAAGUCAAGAUAGCAGAUUACACAAACGACACCUUUAGUAUUAACGAGAGCUUACACAAUUUGAGAGGAUAUGGCCAGUGUAGCGGAUCAUGUCUCGAAUGCAUGUCGGAGGAUCUUCCCUCUGAGAUAAUUAACAAACCAGGAGAUUUGAUCGUCGUGGGGUUGAUGCCUAUGCACGACCAGGGUCAAGGAUCCCCACUAACGUGCGGAGACAUUCGUCCGAGUAUCGGACUAGACAUUACAUUGGCAAUCCAAUAUGUUGUGGAGAGUGUGAACAACGCUACCGACAUGUUUCCAGAUAAGACGAUCGGUUACACGAUCAUGGACACCUGUAAUGACCCCUUAGUAACACAGAAAAGAAUACUGGAUAUGUUGUCGACAGACGGAGAAUACAGAAACAAGAUACUCGGUGUUAUAGGCCCUCUAGGCAGUACGGCUACCAUAUCAGCCGCUGGUAUCUUCAGCAGCCUCGGCAUUGUCCAGGUUGGCUGCUGUUCUUCUGCGCAGAUCCUUAGCAACACCAACAUGUACCCUACUUUUCUGCGAGUGUCCACGUCGAUCUACAAACAGGCAGAGCUGAUGGUAAAAUUAGCCAAAAAGAUAGGUACCAACUACAUACAGAUUGUAUAUAGUAAAGGUGAAUUCGGAGCAUCUGGUCGAGACGCUAUUUUACUGUUAGCUCAGGAAUAUAGUAUUUGUGUUGUGGAAAACUCUUUACCAGUUGGUGAAGAUUCUAAUGGAUAUGAUGUACUUCCUCACAUACGUAAGUACCCGGAUGCUCGUGUGGUCAUGUUGUUUCUUCGGUCUCACAAAGCGUCAGUUGUUGCUGAAGCUUUAAAUACUUUCCUCAAAGAUGACGGCUUCAUAUUUAUUGCGUCGGACUCGUGGGGCAAAAGAGAAGACAAUAUUCUGGGAAGGCCGGGAUUGCGUGGCAUGAUAACUAUUUCACAGGAAAUGGGCUACGACUUUGGUUACGAAGAUUAUCUUAUGUCCAUAAAUGUAACAGAAGCACGUUACGAUAACAGUUUCUUAGAGAGGUUUGCAGAAGCAAGGUUGGGAUGCUAUUUUGAAUCGUCUUUUAACAGAUAUGGAAAACCGAAAUGUGUCGAUGAUCACAUGAUACAGCCGGGAACAUUAGAUCCCUGGCACUCAUUUGUCCUCAACGCAGUAUAUGCACUACUGAAAGGAGGCGACAAUGCCUUAAAAGAACGUCCGAUGUUUGCAAAUGAUAUAGACGCUGAAUUCCUUCUUGAUCAUGUUAGGAAAGUGCCCCAGAAAUAUGGAGCUCCGGCUAGAUCUCAGACCUAUAUGUUCGACAAAACAGGAGAUGGGACGGUUGGCUUUCAUAUAUACAAUGUUCAUAUCAAUCAGACUUCAAAUCAACCCAUGUAUGUUAAGGUAGGUCAGUGGUUGGAUGACCUGCUGUUGUUCAAUGACACUAUGCUGGACGAUAAAACCCAAACUUUGGACUCACAGUGUAAAACUCAAGAGGGAUACUGCGCAAAGUGUUUCCAAGGAAAUGACGACCGACUGUAUGUAUAA